AUGUUGCAGGACGACUAUGACAGACUUUGCAAUGACAAGAUAACAACCCUUCCCAGACCGUCGCUCGACUUCCCAACACCAGAGGAUGAAGAUUAUGUCCCGACACCGGGUGGGAAGCCCAUUGGCAACUACCAAAAUGCACUCUACCAUCGUGAGGGUCUCUUCUCUGUCAUUUACAAGGCACCUGCGCUGGGUGGUGAAAGUUACUUUCCAGCAGAGUCGCCUUCGAAGACCAAAGUUGUAGCGUUAAAGAUUACUACACCAUCAGUAAUGGAGCCUCCGCACGACUCACAGCGAGAGGCUAAGAUAUUAGCCAUGGCAGCGUCGGAGCGAGUCAUUCCACUGAUAGAAACCUUUCGUGAGAACGGAAGCCACUUUGUUCUGGUCUUCCCGUUCGUGCGCUACGACUUCAGCGACCUACUGCGGGACAAGAAACUUUCCAAGAGCCAGAUUAAGUCGUGCUUGAAGGACCUCUUCGUUGGACUCGCCGACAUCCAUAGCAAAGGGAUCAUACACCGCGAUGUCAAGCCUUCCAACAUACUCCUCAAGUCUCUCGACGGGCCAGCAUACCUUUCCGACUUUGGUAUCGCAUGGGCGCCUGAAGUGCCAGGGUCAGAAUCCGCGGAUGCGAAGAUUACCGAUGUUGGCACUACCUGCUACCGACCCCCGGAACUACUCUUUGGGAACCAAAAGUAUGGCUGUAGCCUAGACCUGUGGGCUGCUGGUUGCACAGUCGCUGAAGCUCUUGACCCCAGCCACGAGACGCUGUUCGACUCCGGAGAACUAGGAAGCGAUUUGGCCUUGAUACAGAGCGUAUUCAAGAAGCUCGGAACCCCGAACCUAGAUGUCUGGCCGGAGGCUGCAAGUUUCCGUGACUGGGGCAAGGUGCAAUUCUACGAAUACCCAACACAGGACUGGUCGGUCUUGCUGCCAAACCUUUCCGGGGUAGAGCGAGAUGUCGUCGCCAGCCUAGUCAAAUAUGAGAGUGGCUCGAGAAUGAGUGCAUCCGAGGGGAGUUGGUGCGCCCAAUACGGAGACAUAGCUGACUGUAUAUGA